AACCAGCAGUAUCUAGUACCAGUACGUAGUCCAGGCACUUUGCUGAAAAUCAGCCGCGCAAUUGCGGUAAUUCGCUGUUCAUAUUAUUGCUGCUGCUGCGGUUUUUGUUGCUGUUGUUGCAUGUGAGCAAUAAAAAAGCUCAUUCAUCUACAUAUGUAUGUACAUUCAUACUUGUUCUACAUACUCUACAUUUGAACGACAUACAAUGUCUAUGUCUGUCUGCACUGUUAAUGAUGAUGCUGCCAUUUAGUUGCCCGCCCACACACACGCGCAACCGCCCGCCAGCCCGCCCGCCUGCUCGGCAUCCAUCCUGUCAGCCAGCCAGCCAGCCAGCCAACAUGACUAUCUGACUGCUCGACAUUAGCUCUAUUGGACUGCCUGCCUAGCUGCCUGCAUACGCUGAGUAAGUGCUGGCUGCCAACUGCUAGUUGAGUUGCCAGCUGGAGCUGCUUGCCAAUGACUGGCAUUAAAAUGACGCUGGCUAGAUGUGCCAUCUACAAGUUGAGCUCUAUUUGGCUGCCACAACUGCCUCCACUGUCGUCGAUAGCCGCGCGUUUCUCUUGUUGCUUCCGCAACGCGCGCGGCAGGAAGCUGUUGCGGAAAUUGGAAAUGUAUACGGGACCACACAACCACUGCCGUGACUGUCACGUCUGCUGCUGCUGUUCGUACUUCCAUUUCGCCUGUACCGUUGGACGCGCUAUGGCGGCGGGAUUAUGUCGUUGGCGUGAACAUUUGACAACAAACUACAAGGCCAACGAAGGGAACGAAUGGCAAAUCUAG